AAGAACUCAAAUUGGUACUCACCUUAUCAUAUUUUAUUUAUGCCGAUGGGAUACUUAAAUUUGUAGUAUAGGUAUAAUAUUAUUCAGUGUUCGUGAAAUGGUAUCGACUAUCGUUCUUACUUCUUACUUAUCGAACCCAACAGUACCUACUUUAUAUCAUUAAUAAUGUUAGCUUGUUGCUACCGGAUAGAUCUUCCCCAACCAAGGGCAAUGAGUCUUCGAGCAACCAUCAGCAAAGAGAAAUUAGACAAUUUGCAUGAAAUGUGUAAAAAUAUUAUUACUAACCAAGCAACAAACGAUUUAAAAAAAUUAUUUGAUGAAGGUGCUCUGAUUUCAAGAAUGUGCUGUAAAGUAAGGAAAAAAUUUCGAGGAGAAAAACUUUUUAGACGUCUUAAACAAAUUUCUGUUUCAAUAAAAAAACUCUAUCAACUAAACAUCUCCGAGGUUAUAUUAAUUUUACUGUCAACAUUUGAUAAUGGUAUGCCAACAAAACAAGCUUGUCAGUGGGCUGGUACUCGUAUUUUAGCAGCUUUAAGCCUGAUCAAUCAACUACAGAAAUUUGGUGAAGGAACAGCUCAACUGAUAGUUAAAGUGUUCCAGAAUGGUCAAUGUUGGUUAGAAAUGAACAUUGCCCUUGCUAUGGUUAGCAGAGUGUGGAUACUUACCAAAUCAUUGAACAAAUCAUUUUCACGGUCCUAUCAAAAUUUUAAGCCUCUAGUGAACCAAUCAAAGAUGUCUGAAACCAAAUGGCUACCAAAUUUUGAACUACCUGAAUGCUUAAAUAAUAAUGUUUUAGAAAAUAGUCAGAGUGAGCCAAUUGUGGAACUUGUGGAAAGACCAGGUUCUGUUAUGUGUCGUAAACCGGAACCAGAAGAUCCAGUUGUAAAGAAAAGAAAAAGACCCGGAAAACAAAUUAGAAUGUUAAAAGAGAAACAUAAAAAUAAAAUAAAAGUUGUUAAAAAACAAAAAACAAAAUAAUUGAAUAAUAUAACAUUUUUUUUCUAUGUACAUA